UUGUAUUUCAACACCGCCUGUUUAUCAAACGCUUGUCAAAUCAGCGUCAAUUAGACGCUCUGUGAAACAUUAAUUCUCAAAAUGCUUGCUAAAUCGGCAAAAUUUGUUACCAGAACGGUGCUUGUGAAGAACAACGAUCUUGAUAAGUCGUAUAAUUUAUUACAAAGGGUUUUGAACAAUGAUGGUGUUAUACAAGAGGAAAGGGCAAGGCGUUUUUUUGAAAAACCAUGCUACACAAGGAAGAAUCUCGCAUACAAUAGAUGUCAGAGAAUAUACAAUGCUGAGAUGAACAAGAAAUUGCAGUUUCUUAUGAGGAAGAAUCGUGUGGAUCCAUGGCCAAGAUAGUGCUGACUGUUGCUAGAGGAAGAAUCGUGUGGAUCCAUGGCCAAGAUAGUGCUGACUGUUGCUAUAAACUUUGAUUUUAAAGAUUGAGCUUCUCUCGAAGUGUUGCAUUUAUAAUCAAAUUCAUGAACAUUUAUGCAGUAAAUAUUCAUAUUGACAAAUGAAGCCAGAAGUGGAUUUUCAAAUGUGUUGCCAGAACUGUCUUACAUACAAAAUAUUCGUGUCA